AUGUCCCUCUUCAAACCAACCCUAAUCAUCCACGGCGGCGCCGGCAACCUCGAGCGCUCCCGCCUCCCCCCAGACCUCUACGCGCAGUACCACGCCUCGCUCACCCGCUAUCUCCGCUCGACCAAAUCCCUCCUCGACAGCGGCGCCUCGGCCCUCGACGCCGCCGUGCACGCCGUCUCCCUGAUGGAAGACGACGAGCUCUUCAACUGCGGCCGCGGCAGCGUCUUCACCUCCGCCGGCACCAUCGAAAUGGAAGCCUCGGUCAUGGUCACCUCCGCCACAUCCGCCGGCGCACCCUCGUACCCGGGCUCCCUCAAACGCGGCGCAGCCGUCAUGGGCCUGCGCAACGUGCGCCACCCCAUCCAGCUGGCGCGCGAGUCCCUCCUCCGCACGGGCUGCGCGGCGGACGGCAGUCCGCGCGACGACGGCGGCAGCAUGCACGGCCAGCUGGUGGCGCCGUAUGCGGAGGAGCGCGCGCGCGCGUGGGGCCUCGAGUUCAUGCCCGAUGAGUGGUUCUGGACGCGGCGGCGGUGGGAGGAGCAUCGCCGCGGGCUGGAGGGGCGGACCGGCGGGCUGGCGCUCAGCCAGGGCACCGUCGGGUGUGUUUGUCUCGAUGCGGAGGGGAAUCUGGCCGUCGCGACGAGUACGGGCGGGUUGACGAAUAAGUGGCCCGGGCGGAUUGGGGAUACGCCGACGCUUGGGGCGGGGUUUUGGGCUGAGGCGUGGGAGGAGGGAGAUGGGAGGGGGGAGGAGGAUGAUGGCGAGAGGGGGUUCUGGGAUGUGACGCUCGGGGAGUGCGUGGCGCCGUUGUUUGGGAAGGUAUGUUAUGUUUUGUGCUGA